AAAUCCCUGUAUAGCUAUCAAAGAUAGAGAAACCGAGUAAAAUCCCAGUGGGUUUUUUUUCUCUCUCUGUACACCAAUGGGUCACCGUAAAAUUCUCGUCUUUUCUCUUCUCCUCCUCCUCCUCUCAAUGUGGGACUCAGCCGCCGCCGCCGAUGAUAGCGACGCCAUGGCCAAGCUCGCCUCCGCCCUCCAGCCUACCCCCACCGGCUGGUCCACCAAGGCUUCCUUAGCUUACUGCGGUUGGAAAAAAGAGGUCAAAUGUGACUCCUCCAACAGGGUAACCGGCAUUAAUCUCGCUAAUUACAAGCUCACCGGCACUCUGCCAGCGGAGCUGUCUACGAUGUCCCAGCUCCAGUCACUCUCUCUCCAGGGAAACUCUCUCUCCGGAGAAUUACCUUCCUUGGCGAAUCUCACAAAUCUGCAGACGGUUUAUCUUGACGACAACAAUUUCUCCUCCAUUCCUACUGGUUGCUUCCAAGGUCUCUCUUCCUUGCAAUCCCUCAGCCUUGGCGAGAAUGGGAAUCUUGCGCCGUGGCCGUUCCCUCAAGAGUUGACGGGGUCGUCGAGUCUCACCAAUCUGGUUCUCAACAAUGCUAGCUUGUAUGGUACUAUACCUGAUAUAUUCGAUUCCUUCUCCAAUUUGCAGAAUGUGAGGCUAUCAUACAACAAUCUCACUGGGCCUCUGCCGCAUUCGUUCGGAGGAUCGGGGAUUCAAAACCUAUGGCUCAACAAUCAGGCUACUGGCUUGUCUGGACCCAUCGACGUGUUGUCGUCCAUGUCGCAGUUGGUAACGGCGUGGCUGCAUAAGAACCAGUUCACUGGUCCGAUCCCGGACCUCACCAAAUGCGAGAGCCUUUUCGAUUUGCAGCUCCGUGACAAUCUGCUCUCCGGGAUCGUGCCUCAGUCGCUGAUGAAUCUUCCCAACUUGCAGAAUGUGUCUCUAUCCAACAACAAGUUGCAGGGUCCUUUUCCAGUGUUCCCUCCGAAAGUCACCACUGUGGAAAUUACAGGAACCAAUAACUUCUGUGCAGACAAAGGGGUUCCCUCCUGUGAUCCGCAGGUUGAGACAUUAAUUGAGGUUGCUGGGGGUUUUGGGUACCCGAUUACGCUGUCUGAUUCUUGGGAAGGGAACAAUGCAUGUCAGGGCUGGGCUUUCGUUACCUGCGAUUCCCAGGGGAGAGUCAUCACAGUGAGUCUCGCAAAUAAGCAACUCUCAGGGAGGAUUUCUCCUGCAAUUGGGAAUCUCACGGCCCUCAAGAAUCUGUAUCUGCAGAAUAAUAACUUGACGGGUCCAAUUCCAGAUAGCUUGACUAAAUUGGAUCAGCUAGUCAAUCUUGAUGUCUCGAAUAACAAUCUCUUUGGGAAAAUCCCAGUGUUUCCGACUGGUGUGAAGCUGAUUAAAGAGGGUAAUCCUCUGCUUGGGACUGAUAGGAGCCCUGACGCUGGAGGAAGUCCAGAUUCCAACAAUGGCACCACACCAGCUGCAGGACCUAAUGGUGCUAAAAACAGUUUAUCAGGUGCUGUUAUUGCUGGUGUUGUUAUUGGUGUUGUGAUUUUCAUUGCUGUUAUAAUGUUUGUGCUGUAUAACUACUGUGUCAAAAAGCGACCUGGUAAAUUAGGGAGGGUGGAAAAUAAGGAAGACGGCCAGGCAGCUGCUAAGAACGGCAUGAAUGGGACUGGUGGAGGUCGGACUGAUUUGCAAAGCCAGAGCAGUGGUAAUCACAGUGAUCGUAAUUUUUUUGAUGGAGGAAAUGUUGUAAUUUCGAUUGAAGUUUUACGACAGGUGACGAAUAAUUUCAGUGAGAAUAACAUUUUGGGUAGAGGAGGCUUUGGUGUGGUUUAUAAAGGCGAAUUGCAUGAUGGGACUCAAAUCGCUGUGAAGAGAAUGGAAUCUACAGUUAUGGGUACGAAAGGAUUGAAUGAGUUUCAGGCAGAGAUUGCCGUGCUUUCUAAGGUUAGACAUAGGCAUUUGGUUGCGCUUUUGGGCUACUGUAUAAAUGGGAAUGAGAGGCUUUUAGUAUAUGAGUACAUGCCAAAAGGUACUUUAGGGCAACAUUUGUUUGAAUGGCGUGAGCUGGGAUACUCUCCCCUGACUUGGAAGCAGAGGGUUACAAUUGCACUGGAUGUUGCACGCGGUGUGGAAUACCUGCAUGGGUUGGCACAACAAAGUUUCAUCCACAGAGACUUAAAGCCUUCUAACAUACUUCUUGGAGAUGACUUGAGAGCUAAAGUUUCAGACUUUGGUUUGGUUAAAAAUGCGCCUGAUGGGAAGUAUUCUGUUGAGACAAGAUUGGCAGGAACAUUCGGGUAUCUUGCACCCGAGUAUGCUGCUACUGGGAGGGUGACGACGAAAGUGGAUGUGUAUGCAUUUGGAGUGGUUUUGAUGGAGCUUAUCACUGGUAGAAAAGCUUUGGAUGACACCAUGCCAGAUGAUCCUCACUUAGUCACGUGGUUCCGUAGGGCUCUAAUUAACAAAGACAACUUUUCAAAGGCUAUUGAUGAAUCUCUCAACUCUGAUGAGGAGACAAUGGCAAGCAUCAGCAGAGUGUCUGAGCUUGCAGGUCAUUGCACCGCUCGUGAGCCAAACCAGAGACCCGAUAUGGGGCAUGCAGUCAACAUUUUGGGUCCUCUGGUAGAGCAGUGGAAGCCUUCCAGCCAAGAAGAUGAUAGCUUUGUUGGCAUUGACACUAACAUGAGCCUUCCUCAAGCUGUUCAAAUGUGGAUGGCUGACGAAGGUACUUCCACAAUGUAUGAUGCAUCUUACACUCAUACCCGGUCAAGCAUUCCCUCAAAACCAUCAGAGUUUAACACAUUUUCUUCAACGGGCCGGUGAUGAAGGCGAAAAUCAACUUAUUGCAUGAGGUUCGACUCAGUGACUCAACCAAGUGUAGCAUUGUUUUAUUUCAUAUUUGAGUUCUUUGUCACAAUCUUUGAUUGUUAAAGCUGGAAAAAAGGAGAAUUAUCUGCUAUUCUAAAUUUUAUAGCUAAUCACUUGUUUUAGUCUUGAUGAGGGCAUUUUAUGUUGUUUUCUGAUCUGUUAUUUAUGAAUAUAAAUAUAUAUAUUGCUCUCCUUUUGCAUCAUUGUU